AAUUGGCUGUAAGCAAAGGGGAAAUUUAAUAGGAUGAAAAACGAAGCUAUAAUCCCCUAAUUUCUCUUUACAAAGAAAUAACCGAAUGGACUUCCGUUUUUAAGAAGACAUUUUGAGGCUGACAUGGAUAAAAUCUCCUGCUCUGUAGUUUGUUUGAAACCAGAGUGGAAUAAGCCGGUGUCCUGAGACUUCGUCUACUCCAGGGCAAAAAGCCUGAAGUUGGGGGUGAAGAGUCAUGCCUACUUCUCCUUGGGUUCUGUCCAGCCAAGGCACAUGGCUGCAGUUCUUAGCUCUGAUGAUACUAUGGACAUGCCUAUAUGCCCAAGUUUUGAAGUCUACAAGAUGGCCUUUGUUUCCUCAGAAGCCCUUGCUCCUGGCCUGGAAUGCCCCAACAGAGGACUGUAGUCCACGGCAUGGGAUACGCUUUCAGCUGGAGCAGUUUCAGAUUGUUGCAUCACCAAAUGAGGGUUUUGUGCGCCAGAACCUCACUAUUUUUUACAAAGACCGUUUAGGUCUUUAUCCAUACUAUGAACGGGAUGGAACUGCUGUGAAUGGUGGACUACCACAAGUUGCCAGUCUUACCCAACACCUGGAAAAGAUGCCACAGGGUGUACAGAAGUAUAUUCGAGAACCAGCAGCCAAAGGUCUUGCUGUCAUCGACUGGGAGGAGUGGCGACCGCUUUGGAUUCGCAAUUGGGAUGCCAAAGAUGUAUACCGAAAUCGAUCGCGUCAUUUAGUCUCUCAGAAGAAUCCCACCUGGUCCCAGGAGCAAGUCGCAAAAGUGGCCCAACAGGAGUUUGAAUUAUCAGCACAAAAAUUCAUGCUGGAGACACUGCGGCUGGCCAAGAGCUUGCGACCUGAGCAGUUGUGGGGUUUCUAUUUGUUCCCUGACUGUUACAACCACGAUUAUCGAAAUGGUCUAAAGAACUACACUGGUCGAUGUCCGGAUGUAGAGAUGACACGAAAUGACCAACUGAAAUGGUUGUGGACUGAGAGCACUGCUCUGUUUCCAUCUAUAUACAUGGGUACAGUGUUGCGCUCAACACCUUUUGGGCGGCAGUUUGUUCGUAACCGGGUGAAGGAAGGAAUGCGUCUAGCAGCUGCAGGUGAUGGGUUGGCACGUCCUGUCUUUGUCUACACACGACCAACCUAUGCAAAUGAGCUAACCUUGCUGACUGAGAUGGAUCUGGUGUCCACUAUUGGAGAGAGUGUAGCACUUGGAGCGGCGGGUGUAAUCCUCUGGGGUGACUCUACAUAUGCCAGCAGCUAUUCAGCCUGUCACAGUCUGAAUGAGUACCUGAAAGGCCCACUGGGUCGCUACUUGCUCAAUGUGUCCACGGCAGCAGAGCAGUGCAGCGAGACGUUGUGCGGCUCACGGGGUCGCUGCCUGCGCAGACAUCCUGACGCAGACACCUACCUGCAUCUCAGCCCCCUCACCCACAGCAUCGAGAGCCAGAUGGGUCGGCUGAGCGUCAAAGGUCAGCUCGGGCCAAAGGAGCAAGCAAGGCUGCGAGAGGAGUUUCAGUGCCAGUGCUACAGUGGGUACACCAGUGAGUGGUGUACUCAGAGGGAAGCUGGCAAUAGAGCCACGCCAGUCUGGAGAGUCUGGUUACCCAGUCUGGUGCUUCCUGUGGUGCUACUCAGCUUAAUGCACUGAACUAUGGCUGGGGUUACAAGCAUUGCGGAACAUGACAAACCCACCAUAGAGAAAAGGAAGGGUUCUGUGCAGAGGCUAGGACGUGGCAACUCUCCUGCCUGCGACCAAGAGGAAAAGAUAUAACUGUCUGAUCUGUAAUGGAUGAAUGACCAAAGCCAACCAUGCAAGCCAGGGGGAAAGACUUGGUAGAAACAUGCUGCUUCUGUCAACUUCUGUCAAGUUGAGUUCAGUGCACUCUGAAAAGGUAGCCGCCUGCUAUGCAGAUGGAGGUGAUCUGCAUACAAUGGAAUUUUUUCCUCACUGUGUAAGAAAUGACUGUUCAAGGAGAAUGUUGAAGUCUGCGUGCGGAUGUUUUGCAAAUUUGUAUGUCGGUGUUUGACUUUUGUAGUACCGUAUGCCAUUUGGGUUCUUUUGAACGAUAUUAUAUAGUCCAUUUCUGAGUCUUUUUUUAUUUUAAUCCUGGAGGGAUACUGAGAAAAAUGCAAUGUUAGGUGUUUUACUGUUCUGCAAAAGCACAGCAUAUAGAUAGAUAUGUGCACUAAUUUUCAUUAGAGUCUAAUGUUGUCAUGAUGCCAAAGUUUUUGUUUUUAAACCGCUAGCAAAUCAUAGCAAGAUACUCAAGAUACUCAAUACUUUGCCUUAAAAAGGGGGGAAACACUGUCAGAUUCCAUUACUCUGCUUUAUUUCAAACCCGGACAGUGUUCUCAGACAAAGCACAGACUCUUAGAUCAAUGGCAUUCCAGGUAAAAUGACAAUAAUCUGUGCAAACUAAAAUGGCAGCGUAAUCUGUAGCGUAAUUUGCAUACGAUGGCACGAGCAACACUUCCAUCACUACACAAAUACGUGUGUAUGAACAUGCAUAUGGCUUCAGCGGAGAGAGACGUUUUGAUCAUUCUACACUUCUCUCGUUGUCAUAAGAGGGGAAUUAACUAGUCAGCUGUCACCUGUUAAUCUUUGAAUUCAUUUAAAAGAUUAGGAUGUUUGGUCAGUUUUCACGCGUCGCCUCUCUUUAGGAGAUGCUUUGAAAUGCUGCUUGUACAGUGUGUGCCGGUGUGUUUAGUGGCUCACCUUUUUCCCCCACUUUAAAACCAGAAGAUCUCAGUAUUUCACCUUUAGCCUACUGUUUUUCAGUGUGUUUAGGUGUUGCUGGUGCUGCUGCUGUCUUUUCAAGGCUAGUUUCUGAACAAAAACGAGAAAGUGGUCCGCCUUCUCUACAGAUGUUCUCAUCUCACUUCACGUUCGCUGCAGCCCAUAUUUCAAACUCAAGUCAUAGUUUUUUUUCCAUCACAUCACACACACACACACACACACACACACCACUAGUGCCACGGUGCUGCUGGGAAGCUUCAUUUAUACUUAAGUCUCUGUCAGUCUUUUACACCACUACUCUGUUUUACUGAGUGAAACUUUUGCAGUUAUUUCCUAAAUGUUUCAAUGGAGUGGACAUUCCUUUCAAAUGCUGCCCAGGCCACUCUAACCUCGUUUGCUUUAGGCAACUGGAACAAAUUUUUUUUUUUUUAACUUUUCUGUAUCAAUAUCACAUUUCUUGUGUUUGUAUUUCAUUUUAAUUUUUGUGAAAGACUAGGAAGUGAUGUAUGUGCAGCUUAAUUAAUGUUUUGUUUCGUGCUCUUAAAUCUCAGUACCAUCUUUUUAAGCACACUGGGCCUCAUUCAACAACUGUUCUUAAGAAAAAAUUUGUUCUUAAAACCCACUUACGCAGCUUUCUGACA